AGAUAGAAUCAUGUUAGGUCAAGUUGUGUCAGGUAUGGUAAAAUAACCUAACCUAAGCCUAUAGAAACGCUUGGAUCUCAGGUAAUAAGCGAUCCGUUAGUUUUGAUAAAUAUGUGAAUGCGAGUCAUAACUAAUAAGCAUUAUAUGGUGACAGUGAACGUGCAGGAAGGCACACCAUACUGAGCAGGCUAGGGUGUGAUGGUGGCAAAUGUACAAUGCCACUUAUAAGAUUUCCUUCAGGCAGGAACGAGACAGCGGCGCGACGGCUGCCUCACGUCCUCAUCAUCGGCGCCAAGAAGUCCGGCACACGGGCGCUGCUUGCCUUCCUGCGCGUCCAUCCCUCCAUCAGGGCGUCAGGACCUGAGGUGCAUUACUUCGAUAGGUUCUACAGCCGCGGCCUCUCCUGGUACAGGAGUAAGUUGCCACUGAGCUUGGAAGGGCAACUGACGGUAGAGAAAACACCCGCCUACUUCACCACACCUGGAGUACCUGCCCGGGUGAAGAUGGACCUCCCCUCUUGCCGCCUGCUGCUGGUGGUGCGUGACCCCGUCACCAGAGCGCUCUCGGACUACACUCAGAGCCUCAGUAAGCAUAGAGCUCGGCGGCCCUUCGAGGAGAUGGCUUUCGUCAAAUCCUCACCGGGUUUGGUCAACUCGGAGUGGGGUCCCAUCAGGGGUCUGUACGCCCGACACUUGCAGCGCUGGCUUGACCACUUCCCGCGCUCCAGCAUCCAUGUUGUGAGCGGUGAAAACCUGAUUAAGGAUCCCGCCGCCGAGCUAUGCCGCGUACAGGAGUUCCUGGGGCUGCGGCGGGUCAUCACGGAAAAGCACUUCUUCUUCAACGUAACCAAGGGCUUCCCCUGUCUGGUGAAGCGAGAGAAGUCGGGUCGUCCUCACUGCCUCGGCUCGUCCAAGGGGCGCUCUCACCCCGAGGUCUCUCGCGAGACCUACAAUAUCCUCAGGGACUUCUACAGACCCUUCAACUACAAGUUUUACAAAAUGGUUGGACAAAACUUCCGAUGGUAAUAAUUCACAGUGUGAUGAGAGGAAGACCACACAUCUCCCCUGUCCCCCCCCCAAGCGUCCCUCACGUAAUGCUCCCUUGUUUCCCUUCACUCACUGGUUCACAUUGAGUCACGGGACCAUGGAGCUCCCUGUCCAAAACCUUUGCCACUCAAUCUGUCAAACCCGCUUCACAUUGCUCGCUUGAUACAUUUGUCUGGAGAUGGAGUGCGUUAUCUGCAACGUUACUUCGUUGAGGGAAAAUUAAUCAGAGCUGCAAAAUAGCCUUCUGUGAGACGGCAAUGUUGUUGCCACUAUUAAUGGAAUGAUAUAAUUAUGUAAAAAUAGUUUCGAAGAACCGUAAUAUAUUGUUCCUGAGAACCAAUUAAAAUUUCUAUAUAAUGUUCAUAAACUUUUGAACCGUAUAUUUUUAUUUAUUUAUUUAUUUAUUUAUUUUUAUGCAGGAGGGACACCGGCCAAGCGCAACAAAAUUCUAAUAAAAAACAAAAAUUCCCGACCGAGAUGCCGGUUCCCGAAUAAGGUCCGAAGCGGUGGUCAAAAACUGAAGGAUAAGUGUCUUGAAACCUCCCUCUUGAAUGAGUUCAAAUCAUAGAAAGGUGGAAAUACAGAAACAGGCAGGGAGUUCCAUAGUUUACCAAAGAAAGUCAUGAAUGAUUGAGAAUAUUGGUUAACUCUUCCAUUAGAGAGGUGGACAGAAUAAGGGUGAGAGAAAGAAGAAAGACUUGUGCAGCGAGGCUGCAGGAGGAGGAGAGGCAUGCAGUUAGCAAGAUCAGAAGAGCAGUUAGCAUGAAAAUAGCUGUAGAAGAUAGCAAGAGAUGCAACAUUGCUGCGAUGAGAAAGAGGCUGAAGACAGUCAGUUAGAGGAGAGAAGUUGAUGAGACGAAAUGCUUUUGAUUCCACCCUGUCUAAAAGAGCAGUAUGAGGGGAACCCCCCCAGACAUGUGAAGCAUACUCCAUACAUGGAUGGAUAAGGGCCUUGUACAGAGUUAGCAGCUGGGAGAGUGAGAAAAAUUGGCAGAGACGUCUCAGAACGCCUAACUUCAUAGAAGCUGUUUUAGUUAGAAAUGAGAUGUGAAGUUUCCAGUUUAGAUUAUAAGAAAAGGACAGGCUAAGGAUGUUCAGUGUAGAAGAGGGGGCCAGUUGAGUGUCACUGAAGAAAAGAGGAUAGUUGUUUGGAAGGUUGUGUUGAGUUGAUAGAUGGAGGAAUUGAGUUUUUGAGGCAUUGAACAAUGCCAAGUUUGUUCUGCCCCAAUCAGAAAUUUUAGAGAGAUCAGAAGUCAGGCGUUCUGUGGCUUCUCUGCAUGAACUGCCUACUUCCUGAAGGGUUGGACGUCUAUGAAAAGACGUAGAAAAGUGCAGGGUGGUAUCAUCAGCGUAGGAUAGGGCAAGAAGUUUGGUUUAGAAGAUCAUUGAUGAAUAAUAGGAAGAGAGUGGGUGACAGGACAGAGCCCUGAGGAACACCACUCUUAAUAGAUUUAGGGGAAGAACAGUGACCGUCUACCAAAGCAGCAAUAAAAUGGUCAGAAAGGAAACUUGAGAUGAAGUUAUAGAGAGAAGGAUAUAGGAGGGUAGUUGGAAAUCAAAGCUUUGUGCCAGAUUCUACCAAAAGCUUUUUAUAUGUUUAAGGCAACACCAAAACUUUCACCAGAAUCUCUAAAAGAUUCAGUAAGGAAAGCCAGAAGAUCACCAGUAGAGCAGCCUUGACGGAACCUAUACUGGCAAUCAAAUAGAAGGUUGUAAAGUUAUAGAUGUUUAAGAAUCUUCCUGUUGAGGAUAGAUUCAAAGACUUUAGAUAGGUAGGAAUUUAAAACAAUAGGACGGUAGUUUGAAGGAUUAGAACGGUCACCCUACUUAGGAACAGGCUGAAUGUAGGCAAACUUCCAGUAAAAAGGAAAGGUAGAUGUUGACAGACAAAAUUGAAAGGAUUUGAAUUGUACACCUCCAUGUCAAACACUAUAACCUGGGUUAUGCUCUCGGCACACAGAGAUGGGUCUCUGUCACGGAGGCAGUAGUCAUCCCAAGGAAAAUCAGUGAAAUACCUCCUCAGGUCCCCACAACUAGCAGAGGCAAAACGCCAGAGGCACCUCCACUCUGAGGGAUCCUGAGGAGGAAUUGGAGUGAUACAAGAUUGGAGUUGGACAAGAUACAGAUAUGAAAUUGUAAUCGGAGGAGCCCAAUGGAGAAGAGAGGGUAACAGGAUAAGCAGAAGGAAGAUGUUAAGAAAAGGUCAAGAAUGUUGAGCGUAUCUCCAAGAUGGUCAGGAAUACGAGUAGGGUGUUGCACCAGUUGCUCUAGUUCGUGAAGGAUAACAAAGUUGAAUCUAGUUCACCAGGAUGAUCAGUAAAGUGAUAGCCAAAGCUGGUGGUGGAGGAUAGUAAACUUGGAGGCUAGUUCACCAGGAUGGUCAGUGAAGGGAGAGGAAAGCCAAAGCUGGUGGUGAACAUUGAAGUCUCCAAGAAUGGAGAUCUCUGCAAAAGGGAAGAGAGUCAGAAUGUGCUCCACUUUGGAAGUUAAGUAGUCAAGGAAUUUCUUAUAGUCAGAGGAAUUAGGUGAGCAGUAUACAACACAGAUAAAUUUAGUUUGAGAGUGACUGUAGUUGUAGCCAGAUGGUGGAAAACUCGGAAGAUUCAAGAGCGUGGGCACGAGAGCAGGUUAAGUCAUUGCGCACAUAAAGGCAACAUCCAGGUUUGGAUUGAAAAUGAGGAUAGAGAAAGUAGGAUGGAACAGAAAAGGGACUGCUGUCAGUUGCCUCGAAUACCUGUGUUUCAGUGAGGAAAAGAAGAUGAGGUUUAGUAGAGGAGAGGUGGUGUUCUACAUAUUGAAAAUUAGAUCUAAGACCGCGAAUGUUGCAGAAGUUAAUGAAGAAAAAGUUGAGGGGGUGUCAAGGCACUUAGGGUCGAUACCAGAAGAGCAGUCCGACCUGGGGACAUUUGUGGUCCUCUCCCCAGAUGAGGACUCCGAGGCUGGUGUAGGAGUAACCAUGAUAAUUUUGAAUUUUGAGUGAAGGGUGUGUGUAUAAUUAGGUGUCUGUAGUUUUGUGUGAAGGAAGAGAGUUGUCUUUAGAGGGCAGGCUGUGAAUGCCCCCUUGUGUUGUGAGACACAAAGAGAAUCGUUUAAGUGAGGUCACAGCUGGGUUUAAUGGUAAGUUCACAGCACCCUCUGAUCCAGUGUUUUAGACUUCACUGGGAGUAAUUACCGUUUCGGCAGGUGCCUACUGCCUCCUUGCCAAAGAUCUCGGUAGCAGCUUCUGUCUCAUGGGGGCACACGUACUCCCGCUCACACAAACGGACAGGUUUUGGCGUCACUGAUCACGCAUUCCAUCUCCAGACGGGCGUACGAAACGAAUAUUGUGAAAAGACCUCAGUCAAUUAUAGGUCAAGCAAGACGACUGGACAAAACCUUCGCUACUGUAUUCCUUUCCCCCUCCCCUCCUCCCCUCCAUUACCUCAACGAUGCCGAGAUCUCCCAAACGACCCUUUGUCCUAACGCUCUUACCUCACUUUCCCUUAAAGACCUGUCAGUCCCUUUGAGGAUUGGGUGCACAUGUCACUAGCGUGUAUGUUCAUGUGUGUGUGUGUGUGUGUGUGUGUGUGUGUGUGUGUGUGUGUGUGUGCGCGCGUUUGUGUGUGUCGUGGCGCCGCUUAAUUUGGUGUGAGGAGGAGGUAGUGAGAUAUGCGACUCUUCCCAACGCAGCGCACAAGAGACCAAACCAAUGCGGAAUAUGCCAAACACUUGUUAUUCAUAGGGUAAAGUGAGCUGUCACGAUGAGGUCCAGAGGGCAGAGUGAGGCCAUCAAUCAGGGAGACGACAACCGUGGUGACGGUGGCUGCGUUGGCUGUUUUUUUUUUUUUUUUUUUUUUGAGAAGGUUCAUACAAAGGAAACUAACUGAUCCCUUACUAGUCCUUCAAAGCCAUGCCACCAUUACCAUCCCCAUCACAGCCAUCGCCACCACCUCUGCUCCACUCACUUCUGCCUUGAGACCAGUGACAGCAGGAUCAACAUAUCUAUGUCCUCUGGGAAUCUUUUCUACCUUACGCUACUUUUGUGGAAGAAUUACUAUACUUUUGUAACCCACCAGCCAAGCCAAGUAAGUUCCUACGAGGGUUAGUAGAUGUCUACUUCUGGAGAUCCACCUCACUGCACCUAAUAUUGUACUUCGGGACUUGGCUUUGUACAGGCGACGUCGCGAGGCACAUACGUAGGUCGACCGGGUGAGAAGAACGAGUAAAAUCACCAAAGAUAUGGAGAUGAAGGAAGAAGAGAUUUGCUGAUGAUAGUCUGAGCUUUUUAUCUCCUGUAUUUUUUUCACCUCCACUGAGACAAGAAGACAAAUAGUUUAAGGACACUAUAUUUGUAGAUAAUGAAUAGAGAAAUUACCGUUUA